AUGGCAGAGGCCGACGCUGCGGCUAAGACUGCGGUCGAGUUGCCUAUGGAGCUUGUGGAGGAGAAUUUCAAGGCCUUCUACAACAAGAAACUAGGAGAGGGGGUGAUCUCUAGCGAAGAUGUCGGUAUGUUCCUCAGAUCCGUAAAUUGUAACCCCUCCACCAAAGACAUACAGCAAGUUUGCCAAGUUUGUGAUCCAAACGGAGAAGGUGUGGUAAGGCUAGCGCCUAUGGUACCGCUGCUCGCAAAGCUGCUGGCAAAGCCAAUAUCUGAGAACCAGAUCAGGGUUGGUCUUCAAAAGUUGUUGACUGAAUCGGAUGCAUUCUCAGUAUUCGACAAGCAAGGGAAGGGCCUCUCGGUUGAUGAGAUGAGAAAGAUUCUUUCGUCCUAUGGUGAUAAGCUUCCUCCCGAAGAAGUCGAUGAAUUCUUGGCUCUCAUGGAGGACAAGUGCUGCCUUGAACAGGAAGGACAGAAAACAAAGUAUAUCUCCCCAGAGCUGUUUUCAGUGCUUGUCUUGCCCAAACAAGAACCAUGA